GUUCAUAUAGGGUACUUGCCUAACAAAAAGAUUCUGGGCCUUAGUAAAUUAGCCAGAAUAGUGGAGGUGUAUAGCAGACGGCUUCAAGUUCAGGAGAGACUAACAAAGCAGAUUGCUCUUGCUAUCACAGAAGCUGUCCAGCCUGCAGGAGUCGGGGUGGUCAUUGAAGCAAGCCACAUGUGCAUGGUGAUGCGAGGGGUACAGAAGCUCAACAGCAAGACUAUCACGAGCACCAUGCUGGGGGUUUUCCGAGAUGACCCCAAAACACGAGAGGAGUUUUUAGCACUGACACUGACCAAAUAA